UUUUUACUUUUUGAUUGCGUAAAUUAUUAAAUGCCAAAUUCGGUUUGCGAGUUUUUUUUCUUUUAAAUAAUAUUGGCAAAUAACGUCAGUCAAUCAAAAAAUCAUGUCAUGGUUAGGAUUGGAUCAAUUGUUCAAUUUAGAAUUGAACAAAAUAUCUGCCAGUAUUUCGGUGGCCAUUUUUACUAUCUUAUAUUUUAUUUAUAAACGUUAUCGUCAAUUGAAUAGAUAUCAAAAUAUUGAUGAAAAUGAACUAAUGUUGGCCAAAUUGAAAGCAGCACGUUUGAAACAACAAGAAAUUUAUAGCCAAAUGAUUAAAGAACAAGCAGAACGAAAACAAUCCGAAACAGCAACAACAACCAAGACAGAACAUUCGAAUGACAAAAAUAAAGCUAAAAAUGAUGAUGAUGAUACUCUUUCUCGUGAUUUUUUUCCAUUAAUGAAUUCUGCACCUGCUUAUUAUCGACCAAUUCGAAAAAAACCAUGUGGUCCUUGUGGUGGUGGUGGUUGUGGAUAAUCAAAAUAUGAAUUUGUAUGUUUGCUUGUUAUAAAUUGACAAUUUUUAUUUCAUA